AUGGCAACAUUUUAAGAGAGGUUUAAGGGAAAAACAUCGGUGAUGGGUAGAAAUGGAUUAGAAUCAGUAUUGAAUACAUGUCAAUAGCCUAUCAAGAAAGAACUUGAUUGUAUGAUUAUCAAAUAAUCAAGAUCAAAAUAAACCACCACCAAUGUAUUAGCCUCUCUAACAACAAACAAAUAUUUAAAUAUCUCCUAUAAAAAUUUAAUACAAUAAAUAGACAAAUAACUAAACUCUAUAUUAACAUAAUCCAUAUAUUGGGGAAUAAUAAAUAUUAGACUCUCUUUAAUACUUAAGCUAAUAAUAAUACUUUUAGCCUAUUGCAAAUUAUCAAGUAUCAACAGAACCAUAAAAAAAAGAGGAUAAUAGAUCAAAAUCAGCAAAAUAAUAAUUAGAUUCAGCAGAUGAAUCAUAACGCUACAAACCAUAUACAAUAAAGGAUUAUGAAAUUAUGAAGAAGACUGCAAAUGCAAAAUUAGGAGGCUUAGGUCCUAAUUUAAGUGGAGAAGAAUGGGCAAAAGACAAAGAAAAAGUAUUAAAACGUUAAGAAUUUGCAGAAUAAGUAAGAUAAUUUAAUUCAACAAAUAUAAUAACUACAAGAAUAAAAGAGCCUAAAUAAUCUGAACCUAAUGCAAGGUAAUAAUAAUAUAUAAUUUAGAACUAAAGCAAUGGAUUUUGCAAGAAAUAUUCCAAAACCAUAACCAAGAAAAAAGGAAGAUUAAGUAGUGAAAAAUACUCCAAAUAAGACUUCAGAUAAUACUAAUAAUAUAAGUAGAGAUCCUUUUGAUGAUGAAAUUGCUCGUCUUGAGAGAGAACACUUAAAAUAUUUGAAUUAAUUAGAUAAAAUGAAAUGA